UUGACAGUUUGAUGGUUAAACAUUUUUUGAGAAAACAUGACAAGAAAACCAUAACAAAACAAAUAUGGAUGCUUGUUGUGCUGUUGAAAGAGAAGUUGAUCGGGUUUUAUCCAAGUUUGGAAUAAUUGGAGAACAUGCAAGUCGCACACUUUGUGAUCUAAUUGCCUACAUCCAAGGUUUAAAAUUGGAACUAGAAGCAGCACCUGAUGGGCAUAUAUUAUCUCCAAUUCAAUCAGGUCUGCUGAAGCAUGCGAUGGUCAAAGUUAAAGACACAGUUUCUCGCUUAGCAACGGAUCAUAGAGAUUUACAUAGCACAGUGUCCAAAGUAGGAAAGGCGGUUGAUCGAAAUUUCACAGCAGAUUUUGCGGUCACCAGCCGUGAUGACAUUUUCAAUGAGCAAGAAAAACUAGCUGUAUUAAAUAAAGUAGUUUAUCAACAUUUCUGUCGUCAGGGUAUGCAAGAUGUGGCAAACGAACUUGCAAAGGAAGCGUCGGUGAAAAUUGAAUGUGGUAGUAGCGAAACAUUUAUGGAAUUGAAUCACAUUUUAGAAAGCUUAAAAAAUAAAGAAUUGGAACCCGCCUUGGCAUGGGCAACUGCUCUUCACGAUAAUCUGGAAGCCAUAAAUUCGACUUUGGAAUUUAAACUACAUCGCCUUAAAUUUAUAGAAUUGCUCAAGCAAGGUGCUGCAUAUCAAACUGAAGCAAUAGCUUAUGCAAGGUUGCAUUUUGGUCAGUUUGUUAAGAGACAUGAAAAAGACAUUCAAAUGUUGAUGGGAAUGCUGCUAUUUGUUCCCAAUGGAAUCAGUUCUUCGCCAUAUCAUUUCAUGUUAGACAACGAGAUGUGGAUAGAGAUAUAUGAAGUAUUCACAUUAGACGCUUGUAAUUUAUUAGGUGUAAGUGUUGACAGUCCUUUAGCAACCUGUGUAAAUGCAGGAUGCACAGCAAUUCCAGCCUUAUUAAAUAUAAAGCAAGUUAUGAUGCAAAGGCAAGUUACCGGAAUUUGGAAUGGAAAAGACGAACUGCCUAUCGAAAUUGAUCUGGGGACCGAUAAGCGAUACCAUUCUAUGUUUGCGUGUCCAAUUUUAAGGCAACAGUCAACAGAGUCCAACCCGCCAAUGCGCUUGUUAUGCGGGCACGUUAUAUCACGAGAUGCUUUAACAAAAUUGAGUAGUGGCAAUAAGAUGAAAUGCCCAUACUGUCCAAUAGAACAAAGUCCAACAGAUGCAAAGCUUAUAUUUUUUUAGUGUUUGUUGUAAUUAUUAUUAGACAAAAAACUGUUAUAUAGUUUCAUAGCUAAAUAAUGUUUUAUAUGUUUUAUUAUUAUUAACAUUUGGUGAAUGGUUUGUG